AUGGCGGCAUCAGUUUCAUCCCGGUUCCUUGUUCUGCUCAAAGAGUUUUCAUCCUUCAGAAAGAUAUCAUGGCCUUCUGCUGCAACUACCUACCAUCGACAAUCUCGUUUUCUAUGCCAUGCUGCGAAAGAAGAUGGGCCUCUUACUCUUGCAAGCCUUGAGUUAGGGAACAAACCAAGGAGAUCAGGGAAGAGUAAGGCGAUAAAGCUCGAGGGAAGUUUUGUUACUGAAAUGGGAGAAGGCAAGGUAAGAGCAGCAACGAACUAUAAAACGAAACUAGUGAAGGAGAAGAAACCAGCUGAGAUAGUUUCGCAUUUGUUUUCUGCAAAGUCCUUUGAGGAGCUUGGCCUUCCAGAUUCUUUGUUAGACAGCUUGGAGAGAGAAGGCUUCAAUGUCCCAACUGAUGUCCAAUCUGCAGCUGUCCCAGCAAUAAUCAAAGGCCACGAUGCAGUGAUUCAGUCCUACACAGGAUCUGGCAAAACACUAGCUUAUCUGCUUCCGAUACUAUCUGAGAUCGGUCCGCUAGCAGGAAAAUCUAAAAGCUCCAACGGUGAAAGCGACAAGAGGGCAGAGAUUCAAGCAAUGAUCGUGGCUCCGUCGAGAGAACUCGGUAUGCAGAUAGUAAGAGAGGUAGAGAAACUGCUCGGACCUAAUCACCGUAGAAUGGUUCAGCAGUUGGUAGGAGGUGCGAAUCGAAUGAGGCAAGAAGAGGCGCUUAAGAAAAAUAAACCAGCGAUCGUCGUUGGCACUCCAGGGAGAAUCGCAGAGAUAAGCAAAGGUGGGAAGUUGCACACCCAUGGGUGUAGAUUCUUGGUGCUAGACGAAGUCGAUGAGCUUUUGUCGUUUAAUUUCCGUGAAGAUAUCCACCGGAUAAUCGAACAUGUAGGAAGGAGAUCUGGAGCUGGUCCUAAAGGAGAAGCCGAUGAACGUGCGAACCGGCAGACAAUUCUAGUCUCUGCAACUGUGCCAUUCUCGGUGAUUCGAGCAGCUAAGAGCUGGAGCUACGAGCCGGUUCUAGUCCAAGCCAACAAAGUCACUCCUCUUGAUACCGUUCAAGCAUCUGCACCGGCGAUUAGCUUGACUCCCACAACUUCUGAGGCUAACGUCCAGAUUCAGACUACUAUUCAGAGCUUACCUCCAGCAUUAAAGCACUACUACUGCAUCUCAAAGCAUCAACACAAGGUCGACGCGUUAAGGAGGUGCGUUCACGCUCUCGAGGCCCAAUCGGUUAUAGCUUUCAUGAACCACUCGAAGCAGCUCAAAGACGUGGUCUACAAACUCGAAGCUCGUGGUAUGAGUUCCGCUGAGCUGCACGGAGAUCUCGGGAAGCUAGGGAGAUCAACGGUUCUAAAGAAGUUCAAGAACGGGGAAGUUCGGGUACUGGUGACUAACGAGCUCUCGGCUCGGGGUCUUGAUGUUGCGGAAUGUGAUCUAGUGGUGAACCUUGAACUUCCAACGGACGCGGUUCACUAUGCUCAUAGAGCUGGGAGGACGGGGAGGCUGGGAAGGAAAGGGACGGUGGUUACGGUGUGCGAGGAAUCACAAGUGUUUAUAGUGAAGAAGAUGGAGAAGCAGCUUGGUUUGCCUUUCUUGUAUUGUGAGUUUGUUGAUGGAGAGCUUGUUGUCACUGAUGAAGAUAAAGCUAUUAUAAAAAGCUCGUGCUCCUGCCAUGGUUUAUCACACACAGUGACUCAGCUGGAGAUGAUGCGGAGAUGGAGGAAUGCUAAAGCUUUGAAAUUUGUACAGCAUCGUUUCCUUGAGACAGGUACUCUGGGAAGUACUUUAUUCUAUAGCCCAUACGUGUUCUUGUCUUGCUGCGAACGAGCCUUUUCUGGUCUCAGCAGCGAUAGUAACCUCUCUUACAAAGAUAGAUUGAGAAGUGGGCUUGUUGAUAUAAAGGCUGAUGAUGCUGUUGAACUGUUCCAAUCCAUGAUUUGGUCUCGUCCCGUCCCUACUGUCAUAGAAUUCAAUAGACUGUUUAGUGGUGUGGCCAAAACCAAACAGUAUGACCUCGUGUUAGGUCUCUGUAAGCAGAUGGAAUUGCAAGGGGUUGCGUGUGGUCUCUACACUCUGAAUAUCAUAAUCAAUUGUCUCUGUCGGCGCAGGAAACUCGGUUUUGCUUUCUCUGUUGUGGGAAAGAUCUUGAAACUUGGGUUUGAGCCUAGCGUAAUCACAUUUUCGACUUUGAUAAACGGACUAUGUCUCGAAGGUAGAGUCGCAGAAGCUGUGGAGCUAGUUGAUAGAAUGGUGGAAAUGGAGCUUAGUCCCAAUCUCAUAACGCUUAGCACUCUGAUCAAUGGACUUUGUCUCAAAGGUAAAGUGUCUGAAGCAAUGGAUUUGAUAGAUCGGAUGGUGGAAAACGACUAUCAACCCAAUGAAGUUACAUACGGACCAGUUCUACAUAGAAUGUGCAAGUCCGGCAAAACUUCCAUGGCAUUGGGUUUGCUCAGAGAGAUGGAAGGAAGAAAGAUGAAGCUGGGUGCAACCAGUUACAAUAUCAUCAUUGAUGGGUUUUGCAAAGACGGGAACAAUGAUGAUGCACUCAACCUUUUCAUUGAGAUGGAAACGAAAGGGAUCAAAGCAGAUGUUAUCUCCUACACCACUCUCAUAGGAGGCCUUUGUAGUGUCGGUAGAUGGAACGAUGGUGCAAGGUUGUUCAGUGACAUGAUCACAAGGCAAAUCACUCCCAACGUUGUCACUUUCAGUGCUUUGAUUGAUGUUUUUGUGAAAGAAGGAAAGCUUGCAGAGGCUAAAGAGUAUUUCAAUGAAAUGAUCACAAAUGGCGUAGCUCCUAAUACGAUCACGUAUAAUUCUCUGAUAGAUGGGUUUUGCAAAGAGAACCGCAUAGAUGAGGCAAACCAGAUGUUGGAACUGAUGGUUAGCAACGGAUGUGAUCCUAAUACCGUUACCUUUAGCAUCCUCAUAAACGGAUACUGUAAGGCCAAACGUGUUGAUGAUGGUUUUGAAAUCUUCCGCAAAAUGUCUGCAAGAGGAGUGGUUGCUGACACAGUCACUUACAACACUCUUGUCCAAGGGUUUUGUCAAUCGGGGAAACUCAAUGCUGCCAAACAAAUCUUCCAGGAGAUGGUUUCUCGUCGUGUGCCACCUAGUAUUGUAACUUUUGGUGUUCUGCUUGAUGGUUUGUGUGACAAUGGAGAACUUGAGUUAGCAAUUGAAAUACUUGGAAAAAUGGAGGAGAGUAAGAUGGAUCUUGGUAUAUGUAUCUUUAGCAUCAUCAUUCACGGGAUGUUCAAUGCUAGUCAGGUCGAUGAUGCUUUGGAUCUAUUCUAUAGUCUACCUCUUAGAGGAGUGAAGCCUGAUGCUAAAGCAUACAACAUAAUGAUUUCAGGAUUAUGCAGAAAAGGCUUAAUGUCUGAAGCAGAUACGUUGCUUAGAGAAAUGAAGGAGGAAGGGUACGCACCAGAUAGUCGUACGUACAACACACUGAUCAGAGCACAUCUACGAGGCAGUGACGUAGUCACAUCAGCUAAACUCAUUGAAGAAAUGAAGAGUUGUGGCUUCUGUGCAGAUGCGUUUACCAUAAAAGAUGGUUAUGGAUAA